AUGGGCUACCGCUAUUAUGUGUAUGAACCCACGCUUGUGGGAGCCGCCGUCUUCGUGGUCCUGUUCGCUAUUAGCACCAUCGCCCACCUUGGUCAGCUGGUCAUGAAAAGGACAUGGUACUUCAUACCUUUCGUGGUUGGAGGUCUCUUUGAGACCGUUGGUUACGUUGGGCGAGCGAUGAGUGCGAAAGAAACGCCCGACUGGACGAUGAAGCCGUAUAUUAUGCAAAGCUUGCUCAUUCUGCUCGGCCCGACCCUCUUCGCCGCUUCGAUUUACAUGAUCCUGGGACGGAUAAUACGCCUGACGAACGGCGAAGCACACUCGAUCAUCAGAGUCAACUGGGUGACGAAGAUCUUCGUGCUGGGCGACGUUUUGUCCUUCCUUGCACAGUCUGGAGGCGGCGGCAUGCUCGCGAAAGCCUCGGCCCCUUCCGACCAAAAGAACGGCGAGCGCCUCAUCACGAUCGGCCUAGUGAUCCAAAUCGCAUUCUUCGGCUUCUUCAUCGUCGUCGCCGGCCUUUUCCACGUCCGCAUCAACAUGUACCCGACAGCGCGGUCGCAGCAAGCCACGGUGCCGUGGCAGAAGUUCCUGUUCGUGCUCUACGGCGCCGGCGGCCUCAUCAUGAUCCGCUCGCUCUACCGCCUCAUCGAGUACAUCCAGGGCGCGAGCGGCGAGCUACAAAGCAAGGAAGCGUAUCUGUACGUCUUUGACGCGACGCUCAUGUUCUUAACUGCCCUGAUGUUCAACAUCUUCCAUCCCAGCAAGAUCAUCUCGAAGGAAUCGCUUGCCGAGGCUUCGUAUAUGAUGCAGACGGGCGAGACGGAUGAAAUGGUGCCUGGAAGGAAGCAGGCUGCGUGGCAGAGCGCUGAAUCAGUUUAAAGUGGUGGUUUAACAAGUUCCCAGAGAACAUCUAUAAGCAUUGGGAAGUUGGGUGGCUUUCUAGAGGUUGUUAGGCGCUGGGGCGUUAUUUGAAGAGAAGGAGC